CUCAGCGCUUCUCAGGGGAAAGACAUCAUAGUCUGGCAGCACCCGGAUUUGCGCCGGUUCACCAAGUUCGGCCACGGCGACGGCUCCGUGAAGGCGCUUUUAACGGUUGGUAACAGAGUCUUCACGGCCCAUCAGGACAGCAGAAUCAGGGUGUGGAAGGUUUCGAGGAAAUCGGAGAAUCUGUUUCGGCUGCUUGACAGUCUUCCCACUACAAAGGAUUAUCUGGGGAGGUUCAUGAGGCAGAGUAACUAUGUGCAGACCAGAAGGCAUCACAAGAAGCUGUGGAUCGAACACGCUGAUAGUAUCUCUUGUUUGGCUGUUCAUAAUGGUUAUGUCUAUUCAGGUUCUUGGGACAAGACCCUGAAGGUAUGGAGGAUUUCAGAUUUGAAGUGUCUCGAGUCAAUCAAGGCGCAUGAAGAUGCAAUAAAUGGGCUGGUCGCGGUUGAGGGGUCGGUCUAUUCGGCUUCUGCUGAUGGGAAAAUCAAAGUUUGGAAGAGGGAAGGGAAGAACAGACACUCACUGAAUGGUGUAUUGGAAGGGCACAAAGAAGUUUCAUUCAAUGCAGUUGUGGUUUCUGGGAAUGUGGUCUAUGGGGCAUGUUCAGAUGGGUAUUUGAUGGGAUGGACCUUGGGGAACAAAAGGGUUUGUGAAGUGAAGGGACAUGAAAUGUCUGUUCUGUCCUUGUGUGUGAUGGGGGACUUCUUUUGCAGUGGCUCAGCUGAUAAGAGCAUUGGUAUAUGGAAGAUGGGAGUUGAUGGAGGGUUGUUUAAGGUUGGGGUUAUAAAGGGACAUGAAGGGGGUGUUAGAUGUUUGCAGGCUUCACCAGUUUGUGUUGGGGGUGGGUUUAUGUUGUAUAGUGGGAGUCUUGACAGAAGCCUCAGGGUAUGGUGGGUCCCAAAUUAUUGUUCUAGUACAACAGAUAAACCUUAUUUGAAAAGUACAAAUGACAUGAACCUCAAAUUGUUGCCCUUCAAUGAUUGUUGAUGUCAAUGAAAACUCGGUCAUCCAUCCAUUUUCACUUGACCAUUCUGAUCCUUUAGGCAAAGUAAUGGGUUGCAGAUGGUCAUUUGUAUAAAAUAUACCGAGUAUCUAGUUAUUAAAUAGUUUGGAGACAUUAUUUUUUUCUUUUAUCUAAUACGGAGUAUGUGUUUUAUGGAUUUGAUUUUGUGUGGGGUUAUGUAUUUAAUGAUUACUAGUUAUGAACUAAUGGAUUAAAUUGGGAUUGAAUGAUCAAUUUGGGA